AUGAUUUUGAGAGACCAAAUUGUUGCUAAACAAAAAGAGUUGAACGCAUUGAAACAAAUAAACACUCAGACUGAAUCCAUGCGUUCGCAGCUGGAUGCAUUGGCAGUUGAGGUUGCUAAUAUGCAUCAAAAUGCUGAAAAUGUCGCACAGGUGAUGCAAAACUGGGACUCUAUCGUAAGGUCUAUCUCGCAGGCGAGCUUAAGCCUUUUGCAGUACUCAGAGAGGGAUUACGAAGUUGGGGCCUGGAAACAGGAAACAGCGGACUCAGAGCAGCAAGGAUCCUCUCCAAAAGACACGGCAGAUGCACCCUUGCCAGAGACCUUGGUCAGGAUAAAAGUUGAUAAGGACGAUACGACGUCAAACCGUUGA